AAAAGCAAAGUGUGUGAAUAAGCAGAAGAGAGGAAGACCUAUACGAAGCGAUACAAAGUGAAUCAUAACAUUGCACGUGAAGACCACCGUAUGUAUUCCCCUACCAGCAAAAAAGGUCACUAUCGCAGGAGUGUUUGUUUUACUGCUGGUGGUGCUGGGCUUGGUGGGCGGGGCUUAUAUGCCAGGGGGAUGCAAGCAGGGCAACACUCUUAUCACCAAACGUUCGGGGCUCUUGUUACAAACGUUUCAAAGGUCAGAGAGGAGAGACGUCGGGAUGCCAUGAGUGUUGUUUCCGUUCACGACGCAGCCUCCAAAAACUACCUUAGUCAGGCUCAAGAAACCACCAAUGGAAACCCCGACAUCUUCUGCCUUUUGAAAUAUAGAUGGACUAAGGCUUCCAAGAGUUUGAUAAUAAGGACCAAAGGAUCGUCGAGUGCCUGUUCUUGUAGUGUUUGGAAGCGCUGACGAUCGAGGCUGCUCAUUACGUCAUCGUCUUAACUCUUGUUAUUUAUGUAGCCUACGAGGAUUUCCGCCGCGGGAUGUGGUGUGAUAUAUUAGUAAUGUCUUCAGGAGUGGUCGUAGCCUAUAGUUACAGCAGUAGUAGCAACAGUGGUGUGUGUGUGUGUGUGUGUGUGUGUAUAAACCUAAGCAACAUCGUCAUAGGAAAUCCUGGAGUCAUGUUACUAUCUGAAAUCAUCAUAUCUAUAACACACCACACACACACACACACACACAGUCACACACACACAGUCUAGCCUCCCCGGAGCCAUGAAGAACACCAAGAACACCUCGCUCACCGUCUUCCCGCUGCCGCUGCUGUCACGGGCCCCGCCAAUGGUCCUCCUGCUGCUGCUGCUGCUGUUUGGCCCCGGAGGCUCCCCCUGCCACGCCCUGGACUGGGAAUGCCGCGCCAAUAUCACCGUCACGGCUCAAGAUACAGCCGGGGUCAACAUUACCACUGUACGAGACGGAGGCCCAGAAAGCAUAUUGACGACGUUGUCCGUGCAGCCCCGGCCAGGCUUCCAGGGCGUCAGUCUCGUGGGGAAGGUUUCUGAUGGUGAUGCUGAUGAGGUGGUCGUUGCCUGGUUCUCGCUGUAUAACACUUGUCUUCAAGGCUACAACAGCUGGUGGCAGUUGAAUGCAGUGGUGUAUAAGUCCAAUUACCGAGACGGCGUUGCCCUUGAUGAACUUGUAUUUGGCGUGCAGGUUGGCCGUUGUUACAGUGUGUGUCUUCGCGGCCCCUUCCACAAUGUUUUGAGCCUCCAGGUUAGGGCUCACGGCGCCUCACGCUGGAGCCUCACGGACUGUACCAACAAAAUCCCUGUUAAUAAUGACAUACGGCCAUCACUGGUGCCCUGCUCGAACCCUCCACCCACACCAGGCGUGCCUCCUCACGCCCCCAGCCCCACAACCCCUGCCACUGAAGCACCCACACCAGCCAAGUCUCCUCACGCCCCCAGCCCCACAACCCCUGCCGCUGAAGCACCCACACCAGCCAAAUCUCCUCACGCCCCCAGCCCCACAACCCCUGCCACUGAAACACCUCCCCCCUAUGUAUUGCACUGGGUGGGGGUGGGGGUGGGGGUGGCCAUGCUGGUGGUGGUGAUCUUGGUGGUGGUGGUGGUGGUUGUGCGACGGCGGGGACAGCAGAUGAAGCCAGAAGACGCAGACCAGCAGCGAACUAGUCCAGCGGCGCCCGGCGUGACGGAGGAGGUGGUGAACAACCUUUACGAGCCCUUUGACCGUCCUGCACCGUCCUGCGUGAGGGAGGAGGUGGUCAACAGCCUGUACGAGCCCUUUGACCGCCCUGCACCGUCCUGCGUGAGGGAGGAGGUGGUCAACAGCCUGUACGAGCCCUUUGACCGCCCUGCACCGUCCUGCGUGAGGGAGGAGGUGGUCAACAGCCUGUACGAGCCCUUUGACCGUCCUGCACCGUCCUGCGUGAGGGAGGAGGUGGUGAACAGCCUGUACGAGCCCUUUGACCGCCCUGCACCGUCCUGCGUGAGGGAGGAGGUGGUGAACAGCCUGUACGAGCCCUUUGACCGCCCUGCACCGUCCUGCGUGAGGGAGGAGGUGGUGAACAGCCUGUACGAGCCCUUUGACCGCCCUGCACCGUCCUGCGUGAGGGAGGAGGUGGUCAACAGCCUGUACGAGCCCUUUGACCGCCCUGCACCGUCCUGCGUGAGGGAGGAGGUGGUCAACAGCCUGUACGAGCCCUUUGACCGUCCUGCACCGUCCUGCGUGAGGGAGGAGGUGGUCAACAGCCUGUACGAGCCCUUUGACCGUCCUGCACCGUCCUGCGUGAGGGAGGAGGUGGUGAACAGCCUGUACGAGCCCUUUGACCGUCCUGCACCGUCCUGCGUGAGGGAGGAGGUGGUCAACAGCCUGUACGAGCCCUUUGACCGUCCUGCACCGUCCUGCGUGAGGGAGGAGGUGGUCAACAGCCUGUACGAGCCCUUUGACCGUCCUGCACCGUCCUGCGUGAGGGAGGAGGUGGUCAACAGCCUGUACGAGCCCUUUGACCGUCCUGCACCGUCCUGCGUGAGGGAGGAGGUGGUCAACAGCCUGUACGAGCCCUUUGACCGCCCUGCACCGUCCUGCGUGAGGAAGGAGGUGGUCAACAGCCUGUACGAGCCCUUUGACCGCCCUGCACCGUCCUGCGUGAGGGAGGAGGUGGUCAACAGCCUGUACGAGCCCUUUGACAGCCUGCGCCAGCCGCCCCCAGCCGUCACCGUCCCCACACACCUCCAGAAGUGAUGAUGACGGUGGUGAAGGUGGUAGAGGUGGUGGUGGUGAUGAUGGUAGUGGUAGUGUUAAUAGUGGUAGAGGUGGUGGUGAUGGUAGUAGGCAUUCACAUUCUGUUCACUCUAGCCCUGUACAUAAGCCCCGCCCACUCGAGCCCAACACCCACCAAUGAGCUGCAACCUUUCCCAGCAUUCACCAAUCACAUGCAGCCACAGCGAGAAAGGGGGCGUGGCUUGCUUGUGGAUCAGCCAAUGGUAUACACUUGACAGGAAAGGGGGAGGGGCUUAUUUGCCUAGUUAGAAUGAACAGAUGACAGUGGUGGUGGUGGUGGUGGUGGGGAUGGUGGCAAUGAUGAUGAUAGAAAGUGUUGUUGGUAGGAUAGUAAGUAAGAUUAGGGCCAUACUCUAUAGCUACUCGUGGCCUCAGUGCUCAUAUCCGUAUCAUUAUUGUACUCUUCAAGUCUGCAUUGAGUUAUAUGGAAGUCCAAAUGCUUUAGCUAUAAGAGAACCAAACUUGAUUGAUAAUGUGAUUUCCGCUUGACAAAAGUAAACAAAAAAAUAAAAAUAAAUAAAAUAACAUAAACAGACAUGUAACUGGAUUUUGUGGGAAGCUUUGUUCAGUGGGGGAAAAUAAAUUAAUGUUAAGAAAUGUAUUCAUUCUGACCUGAUUUGGUCUUAACUAUGAAUGUGAUUUAUAUUAUAGUUCUUUAAAAAGUUAUGAUGAUGAUGAUGGUAAUGAUAGUGAUAAUGAUAAGAAGAAUAUAAAGGAAGAAAAGAAGAAGAAAUAGAAUAAGAAAAAAUAAUUAGAAGAAGAAGAAGAAGAAGAAGAAGAAGAAGAAGAAAAGAAGGCGAAGGAGAAGAAGAAGAAUUAGAAGAAGGAAAACAAGAACAAGUACAAAACAAGGAGAAUGGUGAUGCUCUACAUAACGAAACAAAAUUGUAUAAGUAUAAAAAACAAAAAAAUAUAGUUGCCAAUAAUUAACUAAGAAAAGUCGAGAUAUAGCCUAUCACUCUGUAUACAAGGUAAGAAUAAACAAUAAAACAAAGCCUUUCUGUGUAUAUAU